AUGGCGGACUACAAUACUCUUUAUCAACAAGGCCUUUAUCUCUCCCCCGGUCAACAGGACCUCCUCCUCGCGGCUCUUUCAUCAAACAACCAGACUCAGAAACAACAAACUGUGACGCACAACUCGGAAGCCAAUCAGAAUCUCAAUCACACACCCGGCCAUGCUUCUUCCGGCAGCUUCAGUGUUUCUCCCCCCAGUGGUUUGGACGGCUCAGUGAAUCAGUCAACUACUUUCGGCUAUGAAGACAGUCCUUACCUGGAUUUGAAUCCCGACUUCGACCUUGAGUUUCUGGGCAACGAGAGUUUGAUUGGUGAUCUGCCCCCGAGCCUGCCUUCGACUGAAGACUAUGAACCUGGUGAUAAGAGAAAGGAUAUCGAUGGACAAGAGAAUGACAAGGAGGAGUCGGGCAAGAAGCGACGGGAGAGCGAUGAGAAAGCAGUCAAGAAGCCCGGUAGAAAGCCACUGACCUCGGAACCUACUUCGAAGCGCAAGGCUCAGAAUCGCGCAGCUCAGCGAGCCUUCCGUGAGCGCAAAGAAAAGCACCUGAAGGAUCUGGAGACCAAGGUGGAGGAGCUACAGAAAGCAUCGGAUAAUGCCAAUCAGGAGAACGGACUUCUGCGCGCCCAGGUGGAGCGUCUGCAAGUAGAGCUCAAGGAGUAUCGCAAGCGUCUCUCCUGGGUAACGAGCGGCAGCGGCCUCUCUCCUGUUAAUGCCAUCCCAGGUGCAUACUCCAAAGGCAUGUAUGGUCUGAACAAUAAUGAUUUCAUGUUCGACUUCCCCAAGUUCGGGGAUCUGCCCGGUUCACACUUGUUCACCAAUACCCAAGCAAGCAAGUCGAGUCAGAACAAGGCGAAGGACAACCAGACAGCAACUCCACGCAGCGAAGCUCAGGUUCCCGGUGUCCUCAACCGCAACGGGCUUUCCAACGGACCAUCACCCGUCAAGUCCACACCAAGCGGCCAGACACCGAAUUCGCAAACAUCUACACGACCUGGCUCUGGUACAUUGAACGGGGCCAUUGAUAACAAAGGAGCUACCAGGGGCUAUGCGCACCAGGUCAAUUCAUCGUACAACGCGAACACAAAGCAGGCAACCCACGAUACCCCUAGUUCAGACUCUCCAUCAUCCUCUUCAGAUUCGCACCAUAGCCAGCUGCUCUCUUCCAAUGGAACCUCGCCUGAGCCAUCUUUGCACUCGCCUGCUGUAAAGGCGACCGAGAGUAGCACUCCCCAUGCAUGCACUUAUACCACCAUCAACGGUGAGGAAUCCUUCUGCGCUCAACUUGGUAUGGCAUGUGGCAACAUCAAUAAUCCCAUUCCAGCUGUCAGACAAAAUAGCGAAAGCGCGUCAAACACCCCUAGCCAUGCCAACAAUUCCGACCAGGCUCUGGGUUUGGAUCUUUUGGCCCAACAGAAUGGAGGUCAAUUCGAUCCUGUGCUGUUCGGUGAUUGGCGUGAGCCUCAAGAUGCUAUCUUGUCGCAAGACUUUGGUACAUUUUUCGACGAUGCGUUCCCUCUCCCCGACCUGGGAAGCCCAUCCCACAAUUUUAGCGAGGCGACCAAGCAACCAGCGGCGCCAAAGAAGGAUCUUAUCGCUGAAAUCGACAGUAGACUGGAUGAAGAUGAGGUGGUGCCUGGCGAGGACAAGUCGCAAAUGCUCACCUGCAAUAAGAUAUGGGAUCGCCUGCAAUCCAUGGAGAAAUUCCGCAAUGGCGAGAUCGACGUGGACAAUCUCUGUUCAGAAUUGCGCACCAAAGCCAGAUGCUCUGAAGGCGGCGUAGUCGUCAAUCAGAAAGAUGUCGAGGACAUCAUGGGUCGCGUUAAAUAG